AUGGAGUUCCGCGAAUACGCUUGGGCGCAGCAGCUGUACAGGCAGCGCCUGAUCUACGGCCCGGCCGCCGAGGCGACGGAGAAGUCGUACCCCAAGUACCCGGCUGCAGCGCUGCGCGAGCUCAUCCGCCAGUCCAAGCACCCCCACAACCUCGAGCCCCUGCUGCUCACGCUCGCGCGCCCCGCCAACGACGACACCCGCAAGCGGUUCGCGGAGCUGGCCGGGGAGCUGGUCCUCGUGGAGCGCGCGCUGUCGGAUGACGUCGUCUGCGAAGACCUGCAGGUGGUGGUUGGUGGCAGGGUGGAGAAGGCGCCAGACGGCAUGCUCUACCCCGACAAGCACUCCCAGGUGCCUUAUGAGGUCUGGGUGCGCGUCGAGAUGCUGCAAACGCUCACCAUCAUGUUGAACGAAGGCGCCGUGCGCUCCCUGACACCUGGCAUGCAGUCAAAGCUGGUCAACGACCUGCUGGCGCGCGUGGCAGACUCAGAGCGACACGCCUUGGUUCGGGGCUACGCGCUGCGCGCUGCGCACGCGGCGGUGGUUGCCUUCAACGCGGUGCGGCCCGAGGUGCUGCGGCCGGGCGGGGCACAAAGCGAGGGGGGUGCGGCGGCUGCAGGCCCGUUUGUGAGGGCGGCCGUGGCGGCGCUGCGGCUGGCGGCCGGCGACGCGGCGGAUGACACCAACGGCGGCGCGGGCGGCGGCCCGGAGGCGGCGGCGGUCGCGGCAGCGGGGCCGAUCAACCCGUACGUGGCAGACCCAUUCGAGCGCCUCAAACUGCUCAGCACUGCCUGCCAGGCGCUGUACCUAGCCGUCACCGGCCCAGACGCGGCGCCCACGCUAUUUGGCGCCGCCAGUCGGCAGCUGCGGGACACCCAGCAGCCCCCGGCAGUGCUGGCGCUCGCCGCCGCUGAGGCACCUUUCGUCGUCGCCUUUGGCGGCGCUCUGCUGCAGCUGCUGGCCUGCGCCGGCAGCGGCGGCGACGCGGGGCCGGCGGCGUGGCCCGGCGAGGCGGCGAUCGCGGAGCUCCUGGGGGCGCCAGAGGGCGGCGUUGUCCACCAAGUCGCGGGCGCUCUGAAGGCGGGCGCUGCUGACGCGGACGCGCCUGCCAUCGUGGGCCUGCCGUCCUUUGCAGCGCUCGCGGCCGCCGCAUUCGGGCGCCGCUGCGACCAGUGCGCGACGCGCGAGGCCCCGGGCGCGGCGCACAAGCGUUGCAGCGCGUGCGCGCGCGCGUUCUACUGCAGCGAAAAGUGCCAGAAGGCUGCAUGGUCGGGCGGGCACAAGGCGGCUUGCAAGCAGAUGCAGCUCGCAGCAGCCAGCGCCAAGUCGCCUUGA